GUUAUCUGGGGGUGUUCCCAGCCACGCAACGGCAUACAUAAUUAUUAGGUGAGCCUACAUCCUUCAUUUGCCUUCUGCAAAGAUGUUCGAGUAAAAGGGUCGACCUGGACGAUGCCACUCUAUCUGCUCGCUCUCGCAUGGUGGACCUUAUCCCGAGCCGCCCGCGCUUCAAAGAUGUUCGAAAACCUGAUGCGCCACUCCGAGAGUCCAGUGGCGCACCUUAAGGCCGGACACACAUUGCACUCCGUCCGAGUAGGGCUCAAUCAUGGCUGCUAGAUCUGGAAAACAAUGAUCUGCCAGCAAAGGCCGAGUCUACAACUCCGGUGGUCGCACUCUCGGGUUGAUGUUCGUCAUGGACCGCGGGGGUGCACCGUCUCCGCGUUAUGCUAGCCAAGCCUUGUCGGAUCGAGCUCAACGCUCGCCCCUCCGACUGGGUGGUAUCAGCAGUGGUUUCACCGACGCGAUAUAUCUUGCACGACAUAAAGCGCGCGGACUCGAGAGAAUGCUCGCGCGUGUGGUUGCGUGCGCAUAUGGGCUGGUUCGGGGUGCAUAAGGACCGGGCGAGGAAGAAGAGAUGGUGUGCGAGCGUAUCCAGGGCAUGAGAUCAUACAGAUUGACCGGACGGUCGCCUGAGCUUUCCGUUUCCUCGUGGACCAGCUGUGUGUCGACAGUACCUUACUAAUCACUCUACUCCAGAUACCAUGGUCUCGUCCUCCGCGUCUGCCAUCCUCCGCCUAACGGGAUGGUCCUAUAUUCCCGACCUGGCCACCCGCCAACUCCUCAGCGUCUUCCACCGAGUCUAUCCCAACAUUUUCCACGGCCCCGCUCCUGCCCCACGAACCCCUCAAUAUGUUUUACAUUAUCGCCUCACUUUCGCGGUGGUCGUUCUUGGCUACCUGUCAUAUAACUUCAUUGAAGCCUCUUCGACGAUGCGACCGAACUUCUAUGAACUAUUAGGAGUUGGUCCUGAUGCGGAUGAGACUGCGUUGAAGCAAGCGUUCCGAAGCUUUGCGAGGAGAAAUCACCCCGAUCGGGUUGGAUCACAAGGAGAAGCACUCUUUGUAGAAGUGAGGGACGCGUAUGAAGCCCUGAAGGAUCCCAUAAAAAGAUUUGCAUAUGAUCGGUUCGGAGCUGAUGUACUAUCCUGGAGCAAGUGUACCACUGUCCGGGAGUAUCUCCGGCAUGGCCUCAUGCAAGCGUCCGGUUUCCAUAUUGUAACCGGUGUGAUCCUCUUAUUGAUGGGUGCAGUUGGCAAACCCAGCCCUGUGGCGUUCUGGCGAUAUAUCCUCUUUUUCGCUUUGUUUGCUUCCGAACUCACAUUACUGCUGGGUCCAUCCCCGUCCCCGGCAUCCUCCCCCCUGGCCUCCGAAGCUUCUAUCUCGCCAUCAGGCAAUCUCUUGACUUAUUUGUUCCCGCGGAGAGUACCCUACCAACACGUACUUUUUCUUCAUCAAAUUUUCAUGUUCAUGAGCGUCGCCCUCUCCCGCGUAGCACCGGUUCUGUUCCCCGGCAUGCUGGAUGAUGGAAAGUUGGACACGAAAGUCCUCGUCCAAAUGCUCGAGAGAAUAGCGUCUCUCACGAAGGGCCUAAACCACGAAGCGAUGAUGAUGUUGCACACGGAACUUAAUGCAAUUCAUCAUACCGAUGGUUCUAGUUUCGCUACUCCAAAUCUAGUUCCUCAACCUGAUCCCGCAAUCGUUGAGACACUCACCAAGGAGAUGGAGAAUAUGGCCAUCGAGGCGCGACUGGUUCGUGAAGCACAUGCCGGUCCGCUCAAGAGUGCAUGGGAAGCUGCCAUCGCUCGUGGGCGAUCUGCCCUCCAUAUAUCGUCGACUCCGGCGACGGCCCCCGUGAAUGGCUAUGCUGGCAAAGAGAACACGGCACCUGACAGCGAACGAAGCCCAUUGAAGAGGUGGUCGAGCAAUUGGUGGGAGCGUGCCGGCAAAGUGGCCGUUGAGGACGAGGAUGUCGACCCUCCGAUGCUGCCAAGCCCCAGCUUGUCGCCAGUGGAAGGCCCAGGUGAACGCCCCGGAGUACUACAGGAACCGAGGCUACCGAGUCCCAGGCCCAGUCCACCGCCCAGCCCCUGGAUCUUGGCGGGAGGCGGUAGGACGCCAGUAAAGAGGAAGGAGAGCUACACAAGAGGACGGUCGAUAUCAUACUGAGCCUCCUGCCUACCGCUUUGGUAUAUAUUAUCAGCGCUAUGUAUUCCGCCAAUGUAUACUGUGUAUCAUAGAGAUGGC